CGAUCAAGCAACGUUUCGUAGCAGAAAUUUAGCAGCCAUGUCUAAGCUUACGAUUCUCUUUGUCAUCAUUUCGGCUUAUGAAGUCCUCGGCAAAGGUGUAACAAAAGAACAGCAUACAACAGACUCCAAGCCCGAACAGUCGGGCUAUGCCCCUUUGAUUCUACCUCCUCCAAUUGGAGCACACCUACCCCUUGACCACGGUGCUGGUAUUGGCAGUGGUGCCGCCAUCAAUAGUGCAGGAGCAGCCAGUGCAGCUCAACUCAGUGCUAUCCAGAACGCUCAAGCAGCACAAGCCGCUCAGAUCGGAAACGCCGCUGCCGCCGGUAUCCAAAAUGCCCGCGCUGCAGAAAGUGCCGCAAGAGCAGGACAAGCCAACGCUAUUCAAAAUGCUCAAGCACUCGACGCCGCUCGUAUCGCAAACAUACAAAGAGCUCAACAAGCGGCUUAUGAAAACGCAAGAGCGGCUGAUGCAGCAAGACGAGCCGCUGCAGCGAGCUCACUGGAACUCUCCCGAGCAAUAGAAGCAGAACGCGUUGCCAACGCAGCCCGAGUCCAAGCUGUUGCGAUCGCCAACGCCCGAGCUGUCGAAGCGGGUCGUAUCGCGAAUGCGGCGAGAGCUCAAGCCUCUGCCGUAGCUGCUAGUGCCGCUCAGGCGCAAGCUGUAGCAGACUCUGUGGCCAGGCAAGCUCAGGAUGGUGCCCUACUCCUCGGAACUGCUCCAGUCUACCCUGCACCUCCAGUCUACGGUCCUCCGAUCCUAGCUGCCGGUCCAAUCUACGGUCCUAUCCCAUAUGGCAUCCCAUACGGUGGCGGCUACGGUUAUGGUCACUAAGUUAAUAGAGGUCCAGUAAUAGUUCCCGGUAUUCUAAACACAAGACAAGACAAUACAUCCACAUCCAUUUCCAAACGACUUACAGAAAUGGGUAGCGGCAGAAUA